UUGUGAGUUAGACGAGCCCCAUCGCCAUCUUGUCGCCCGAACACUUUGGACGAGCCCGGCCCGCUCCGCCCCGCCGAGGAGCGAGCCAGCCGGAUUCACGAGCAGCCCGAGGGGACGCGGAGCUGUGCAGGCCAAGCCCACCGACCACCAGCGCCGCCCCCCCCCUAACCCCCCCGCGCUCCCGAGGGGCCACCCCCACCCCCUCCUCCCCGUGGCGCCGCACCGCUCUCCUCUCUUCUAGUCGGCCGUCGUCGUCACCUUGUCCCGGUUCGGCCAUGAGUAUCGACACGCUGCUGGAGGCCGCCCGCUACCUGGAGUUGCAAGCCGAGCGGGAUCGGACCGAGCUGGUCGAGCGUCAGGCUGAACCGCGGCGUCUCACACACAAUGAGGAGCAGUGGAAGGUGACGGUACUCAUCAACCAGGAGGCGGAGUCAAGAUGCCUGGAGCCACUCCCACCGCAGCAGGUCGGAGCCGACCUUGUCAGCCGGGGCGAGCAGCCGCCGUGCCCUGCGGCCCCGCCCCCUCGGCCGCCGCAAGCGCCCGUCGCCGUCAUCCCCGUGAUGCCGGUGGUUGCUGCAACGCCUGCGCCCCUCCCUCUGGCCGCGACCGUGCCCCACGGCCCGCUGCUGGCCAACAACUCUUCUCAGUCCCCCCCGCGGGCGCCACCCCAUCAGCUGUUGUGUUCCCCCCAUGUCAAAAUGGACGGCGUUAACCGGCUAAUCAAAUGCAGCCCAUCGCAGCAGCCUCAGGUUCAUAUUCGGUACCCGCCCCCCGUGUGUGGCGACGGGUCGGCCGUGGGGCCCGCUCUGGUGUCCCACCAGGCUCAGCCCUUGUCCCACCUCAAGACCAAUGGACUCACGCUGGAUGACAUGAAAGGAGGGGCCAAUGCCAAGAGGAGGCCUGGAGGAGCGGGAACUAGGGAGGUCCACAACAAGCUGGAGCAGAACAGGCGCGCUCACCUGAAAGAAUGUUUUGAGACGCUGAAGAAGAAUGUCCCAAACGUGGAUGACAAGAAGACGUCCAACCUCAGCGUCCUGCGCAGCGCCUUGCGUUACAUCCAGACACUGAAGCGCAAGGAGAAGGAAUACGAGCACGAAAUGGAGCGGCUGGCUCGGGAGAAGAUAGCCACCCAGCAGCGUUUAUCUGAGCUGAAGAAAGAGCUGAGUCAGCGGAUGGAUGCGCUGGAGAUCGAACGCCUCAUCCGGCAAAGCAUCCAGCCCGAAGACGACCAGGCGUCCACUUCCACUGCCUCAGAAGGCGAAGACAACUUGGAGCAGGAUGGCGAGGAGGCUCCGGCCGGCGUUCCGGCGCCCAUUCUACAGGCGCCAAUGCUGGCUCCCCACCUGUCCAUCCAGCACACAGCCCUGCUGGCCAUGCCCCCCUCGUCUUCAGCCGCCCCUCCCCCUCAGGGCCCGCCACCGCCGCCCACUGUCAUCGCCCAUGCCGCCGUCCCCCAUCUCCCCGUCUCGUCCGUGUCGCACCCCUCCGUCAUCCAGGCCGUCAGCCACGCCCUGCCUGCCAAUCACAAGCACCUCCCACACAUCGCCCCAUUGCCGGGCCCCACCCCCAUCAGCCACAUCACGGUGCACCCAAUGGCACGCCUGGGGGCGCCCCUCCCUUCCCGCCUUCCCACCCUGUACCCGCAGGUGUCGGUGUCUCAGCCCGCCAUGGUGGGCCACAUCACGCACACCUUUGCCCAUCACGCGUUGCCCCGCGUGCAGCCCCCUCCUCAGCCCGGCGCCAACGGCGGCAUGGCGAGCCAGCAGGCGGCGGCGCUGGCAAAACCCACCGCCGUACUGGCGCCCCACCCUCAGCUGGUGGGCCAGGCAGCCGUCACCAUGGUAACAGUGCCCACCUUCCCUGUCAGCACCAUCAAACUGGCUUGAACGCCGCUGCGCCUGUACGGAAAGUGACGAUGAUGUCACCGUGAUGAUGUCACACGCAUCAGACCCUCUCGGGACUAGACAGAACCCCAAAAAUGAUGGACAUGUUCCCCUGCAUAACUGCAAUUGAUUUUUUUCUAGUUACUUUUUUGGUGGGGGUGAUGAUAGCCUGCAUUAUUGUGCUCAGGCCAAAGCAUCGCGCAUCGCUUUGGCACCAUCUUUGGUCCUAGGGACUACGUCAAAGUGACUUGAGGAGCUUGAUGCAGUGCUUUGCAAGGAAAGAUUGUCACAGCGCCCCCUGGUGCACAGCACACAAACGACAAGUGACUGAGCAUAAACAAAAAAGUUUAGUUGCAAACCUCCAACUCUGAAAUCAUGAGUUUGAUUUUAGCUUUUUAAAUUGUGUGAUACUGCGUGAAAGAAUUUUUUUUUUUUUUCUGCAACCCAUUUUCUGCGUUGGAGUGAUAGCGGCUGUGCCAGCAUGCUUGCGCUUGCGUGUGCCUACACUUAACCUCUUCAUCACUGUGACAAAACACACACACACACACCAAGCAAAUGAAAAACAGUCAAAGUUUAGAUUUUUUGCUCUUUGGGACUGAACGUGGACAUUUUUUUGGAACGAAAACAGCGUUUUGUCUUUUCUUGCUAACGAUGUAAUUUUUUUCUGUUUGUGAUUCCAUUUGCGUCGUGUCAUCAUGUGGACGGACUUAAAUGUGAUGCACGUUGGAGCGGCGGACUUGUUUUUAUCUUUAUUCUGAUUCUGAUUAUUAACGCUGCUUUGUGUUGUGGUGGUGCAUGUUUGCGGGACCAUGUGGAAAGCGGGCGGGUGAACAAGACGUUGGACCUCACGCUAUAUAUAUUGAUAUUAUAUAUUAAUACGAGCACGGCUGUUUUCCCUAUGGCGAAAGUGUUAAGUUAUAUAAAAAGGCCUGAGCACUGUGGGCCGUCAACAUUAAUCCGAAAGAUUCUUAAUAAAUAAAUAUUAUUACAUUUACAACA